GGAUAAAGAGAGGGGGAUAAAGAGAGGGGGAUAAAAAGAGAAGAGCAAAUGAGAGACGGGAAGGGGAGGAGAGAGAGGGUGUAGGAAGGAAUCCAAGAGGAACACAACGUCAUUCAUGAGAGGAGGAAAGAACAGAGAAACAGAACGAGGUGAACAUCAGAGACGAGCAGCUUCACUUCAGCCGACUGAAAGAGAAGAAGAGAAAAGAAGGGAUCGCACUGACGCUUUAUUACUGAGAGAGAAGUGUAAAGUGUUUAAAGCUGUGGACAAUGCGGCAGGAGACUGACCAUCACCUCCAUCAGCAGUCGAUAUCUCUGACCUUCACCUGCAGACGGUAACUCUGACCUCCACCUGUGGACGGUAACUCCGACCCUUACCUCUUACCUGCGGACGGUUAUUCUGACCCUUACCUGCGGACGGUAUCUCUGACCACCUGCAGACGGUAACUCUGACCCUUACCUGUGGACAGUAACUCCGACCCUUACCUGCGGACGGUAACUCUGACCCUUACCUGCGGACGGUAUCUCUGACCACCUGCAGACGGUAACUCUGACCCUUACCUGCGGACGGUAUCUCUGACCCUUACCUGCGGACAGUAACUCUGACCUUCACCUGCGGACGGUAACUCUGACCCUUACCUGUAGGCGGUAACUCUGACCUCCACCUGUGGACAGUAACUCUGACCCUUACCUGCGGACGGUUACUCUGACCCUUACCUGCGGACGGUAACUCUGACCCUUACCUGUGGAUGGUAUCUCUGACCUCCACCUGCAGACGGUACCUCUGAUCUCCACCUGCAGACGGUAACUCUGACCCUCACCUACGGAUGGUAACUCUGACCCCUACCUGCGGACGGUAUCUCUGAUCUCCAAUGGCGGACGGUAUCUCUGACCCCUAUCUGCAGUGGUAACUCUGACUCCUAUCUGCAGACGGUAUCUCUGACCCCUAUCUGCGGACGGUAUCUCUGACCCCUACCUGCAGCGGUAACUCUGACCCCUAUCUGCGGACAGUAUCUCUGAUCCCGACUCCUGAACACUGUCUGAGACUCACUCAUUCAGCACUGUCUCUCUCUCUCUCUCUGCAGGUCUCAUUAUCACCAAACCAUGCUUCCGCACAACUGCUCGUCACCUGAAAAUACAUACGUCCUCCCCGACCCAUCAUGGUGCCCCGAGUCUAGAGAGUGCAUCAUGUGGAACGUGAGCUUGGAAGACCUUCCGGACCUUUGCUUGAGUCGCAACGAGUACCUGCUGAAGCACCUGGGUCACCGCCGCUCACCGCUUUUCAUGCCUAUGUGCAUCGUCUAUUUGCUGAUCUUCGUGGUCGGGGUGGUGGGCAACGGGCUCACUUGCGUGGUCAUCGCCCGACACCGGGUCAUGCGGACCCCCACUAAUUAUUAUCUGUUCAGCCUGGCCAUGUCCGACCUGCUAGUCCUGCUUCUGGGACUUCCACUGGAGCUCUAUGAGCUUUGGUCCAAUUACCCAUUCCUGCUGGGAACCGGCGGUUGCUAUUUCAAGACAUGCCUCUUUGAGACCGUCUGCCUGGCUUCGGUUCUAAAUGUCACAUGCCUGAGUGCUGAACGUUAUGUGGCUGUAAUUUACCCACUGCGUGCCAAGCAUGUUGUUACAAGGGCCCAUGCCAAACGGGUGAUCCUAGCCCUGUGGUUGGCAUCUUUCAUCUGCGCCUUGCCCAACACCAGCCUGCAUGGAGUCCUGCUGCUUCCACCUCGCUUUGGACAAACGUUCCCAGAUUCAGCCGUGUGCGGCCUGGUACGACCCGCCUGGAUCUACAACUUGCUAGUUCAGGUGACGGCGCUGCUCUUCUUCGUGCUGCCAAUGCUGACCAUCAGCCUGCUCUACCUGCUGAUCGGCCUGCAACUGAGGCGUGAGAGGCUGACAGUUAACACCAAGGCAUGGCCUGAGCAGAAUAGGAUUUAUAUAGCACAGAGCGUCCAGCAGAAGGCACGACACCGGCAGGUCACCAAAAUGCUAGUUGUGUUGGUGAUUGUAUUCGGGAUUUGCUGGGCGCCAUUCCAUAUCGACCGUGUCAUGUGGAGCUACAUUGACAACUGGACUGAAGACUACCACCGCAUCUUUGAGUUCGUCCACCUGGCCUCUGGCAUCUUCUUCUACCUGAGUUCGGUGGUCAACCCCAUCCUCUACAACCUCAUGUCCUCACGCUUCAGAGAGAUGUUCCGUGAGGUUGCUUGCCGAGGGACUCACCAACGCUCGAGUAUCACUCAGGUGUCCCAGCGCAGCACAGUCUAUGAGAAAACUGUCCAUGGGACCAGACUCUCUCAAGACAUAUCAGCAUGCAUGCAAGGACAGAGCUUGACAGGGACAGGAGCACCAUGACCUCCUUAAUGGACCCGAACAUGAACCAUCCAUGCGGCAGUCACAGCAACUUAUUUCUUCAAAUGAGAAAUUAAGAAAUGUCACAAAUCAGUUAAAUUAAGAAAUAUUUAUCAAGGAUGAGUUGAAUUUCUCUGAUUCUGUUGUACAAAUGUUAUAUAUCUGUCAAUAAUACCAAACAUGCAUGGUGAUAUGAGAUGUAGGGCCUUAGCUGAACUAAAAAGCUUAGCAAUGUAAAAAAAUGAUAAAAAUAAUGUACAACCCCAUUUCCUAAAAAGUUGGGAUGCUGUGCAAAAUGUAAAUAAAAAUAAAAUGCAGUG